AUGCCCCGCUCUCCCGCCCGCCUCUCCGGUCGGGGCACAUGCUCGGUGCGUGGGGCCGGCCCGGUUUCCUCCCGGCCUCGUCAGCAGCGUGGGGCCUCCCGGUAUCCCCGGCACAGCCGACAUGGCCCCUCCGACAGGGAAUGUCGUGGACAGCCAGGCCCCGCGUCCCCUGGCCAGCCAGCUGCGCUGGGACCUGACGGCCGAGCAGAUCGAGGCCAUGGCGGCCGAGCUGACCGAGAGCACCAAGCUCGUGUACGACCGCGUGGGAGCCCAGGAGCGCGGCGAGGUCUCCUACGAGAACACCCUCAAGGCUCUGGCCGACGUGGAGGUGGAAUACACAGUCCGUAGGAACAUGCUGGACUUCCCCCAGCACGUGUCCCCGUGCAAGGCCAUCCGCGCCGCCAGCACCGAGGCCGACAAGAAGCUCUCGGAGUUUGACGUGGAGAUGAGCAUGAGGCAGGACGUGUACCAGAGGAUCGUGUGGCUCCAGGAGAAAGCAGAGAGUGCUUCCCUGAAGCCUGAGGCAAAGAGGUACCUGGAGAGGCUGAUCAAGCUGGGGAAGAGGAACGGGCUCCAUCUCCCUGAGGAGACACAGGAGAAAAUCAAAGCUAUCAAGAAGAAGCUGAGCGUGCUGUGCAUCGACUUCAACAAGAACCUCAACGAGGACACCACCUUCCUGCCCUUCUCCAGGGAGGAACUGGGGGGGCUCCCUGAGGAUUUCCUGAACUCGCUGGAGAAGACAGAGGAUGGGAAGCUGAAGGUCACCCUCAAGUACCCACACUACUUCCCCCUGCUGAAGAAGUGCUACGUGCCCGAGACCAGGAGGAAGGUGGAGGAGAUGUUCAACUCCAGGUGCAAAGAGGAGAACUGCUUGAUCCUGAAGGAGCUGGUGGACCUGAGGGCUCAGAAGGCCAAUCUGCUGGGCUUCAGCACCCACGCUGACUUUGUGCUGGAGAUGAACAUGGCCAAGAGCAGCCAGACGGUGGCCACGUUCCUGGAUGAGCUGGCCCAGAAGCUGAAGCCCCUGGGGGAGAAGGAGCGGGCUGUGAUCCUGGACCUGAAGAAGAAGGAGUGCGAGAAGCGCGGGCUGGACUUCGACAACCGCAUCAACGCCUGGGACAUGCGCUACUACAUGAACCAGGUGGAGGAGACCAAGUACAGCGUGGACCAGAACCUGCUCAAGGAGUAUUUCCCCAUGCAGGUGGUCACCACGGGCCUCCUGGCCAUCUACCAGGAGCUGCUGGGCCUCACCUUCCACCUGGAGGAGAAGGCUCAGGUGUGGCACGAGGACGUGCAGCUCUACACCGUGAAGGACGCGUCCUCCGGCGAGACCAUCGGCAAGUUCUACCUGGACCUGUACCCACGGGAAGGGAAGUACGGCCAUGCUGCCUGCUUUGGCCUCCAGCCCGGCUGCCUCCUGCCGGACUCCAGCCGCCAGAUCUCAGUGGCCGCCAUGGUGGCCAAUUUCACCAAGCCCACACCAGACGCCCCAUCCCUGCUGCAGCACGACGAGGUGGAGACCUAUUUCCACGAAUUUGGGCACGUCAUGCACCAGCUGUGCUCUCAGGCGGAGUUUGCCAUGUUCAGCGGGACACACGUGGAGAGGGACUUCGUGGAGGCCCCGUCGCAGAUGUUGGAGAACUGGGUGUGGGAGAAGGAGCCUCUGCUGCGCAUGUCCAGCCACUACAAGACAGGGAGCCCAAUCCCGGAUGAGCUGCUGGAGAAACUCAUUAAAUCCCGGCAGGCAAACACAGGGCUCUUCAACCUGCGCCAGAUCGUCCUGGCCAAGGUGGACCAGGCAUUGCACACCCAGACCAAGGCUGACCCCGUGGAGGUGUUUGCCCAGCUCUGUGAGGAGGUGCUGGGUGUCCCUGCCACCCCAGGUACAAACAUGCCAGCCACCUUUGGCCACCUGGCUGGGGGUUAUGAUGCUCAGUACUACGGCUACCUCUGGAGCGAGGUGUACUCCAUGGACAUGUUCCACACCCGCUUCAAGCAGGAGGGAAUCAUGAACUGCAAGGUGGGCAUGGAUUACAGGAAGUGCAUCCUCCAUCCCGGUGGCUCCGUGGAUGCUUCAGACAUGCUGAGGAGGUUCCUGGGCAGGGAGCCCAAGCAGGACGCCUUCCUGGCCAGCAAGGGACUGAAGGUGGAGAGCAACUCGGUGCCUUCAGCCUGAGAGGUGCUGCAGGGCCCUGGCAAGGGGGAAAAUCUCCUGCCCACGCACCUGCCCUCGCCUGGUUCCUGUCACCAAACACCCCCUGCCUGGAGCUGCCCCUCUGAGCCCCUCCUGAGGCCAUGUGGUGACACUAAGGUGACCUGCCCUUGUCACCCCAGGGUUUUGUGGGUCACCCCCAUCAAUUGGCUGAACUUUGAACCUGAUUUUCUGCACAAGGGUGAGUUUUGGCCUCGUUUGGAGCCGGGGAGGAGGGGGAGAGGAGUUCCCAAACUUGAAUCUUUGUUUUUAAAUCCCUUCUCUUUUAAGAAGCCUCGUUGUUGUUGUUGUGUUGUUGUUGUUGCCACCUUGGCUUGGUUUGUGACACAGCUGUCACCAGGGCAGGGACAGUCCUGCUCUCCCCAUCUUUGGGCACCUCUUGGCUGUGCAGUAAAGAUGGGGAGAUCCCAGAGCUCCAAACCCACAGGGAUUGAACUGGAACAUCCUGCCCUGAACCCCUCAGGGACCUUCCUGCCUGGCAGGGGGACAGAGGUGGCCAGUGCAGGUGUUCCAGAACAGGGGGUUUGGGGACCUCUGUGGCCUCUGUGUCCCAUCUCAGGGUCAUGCCAGGGGCUCAGGCUGUGGCAGCUGAGGGUGUUGCUGUUGCUGUCAGCUCCUGGGACAGGGCAGGGUUGUGUUUAUGACUGAAAACACGGAGCUGACAGCUUCAAACAACACAAAUGCCGGGAUAAAAAUAUCCAGAAUAUCCCCUGGGCUCCGUGCCAGGCCUUGAGCUGCCGGCCAUGGGGAGGGGCAGCAGCCAGCCCGGGCUGUGCCACCUGCCCCAGGCUGUCCCCAGCGUGCCCCAAGCCAGCCCGGGCUGUCCCCAGUGUGCCCCAGGACCCUGCGUGGCACAGGGUGUUGUGGCACAAGGUUCCUGCCCCUGUCUGGGGUGGCUUCCUUGGGAGCUGAGGAGCUUCAGGGUGACCUGGGAUUUGUGUCCCACCCCUCCCAGCCUCGGGUGCAUUGUGUGAGGCCAUUUGAGGGCUGUGGGAUCCAUCCCUGCCACUCUGCCAUGGUGUGGGGACACGAGUGACAGCUGAGUGCCCCAGCUCACUGCCACCACCCCACCACUGCAGGCUGUUCCCUGUUCCCUGUCCUUUGUCACCAGCGCUGGGACAAGGCUCCCCCCAGUGCAGACAAAGUCGUUGCUGUCACCUCUGUCCCCCAGGCCCCGCUGGUGACACAGGAAGGUCGGUGACACCCCCUGGUGACACCCCCUGGGCGGGUCCGGAGGCGGCUUCUUGGUGCUUGCUGGGGCCACCUCGAGCAUCUUGUCCUUGUCCCCUCCCCUCCGUGUUUUCUGGGUGUUUUUAGUGUCCUGUUUUACUGAGCUUUCAGCAUUUCCUCCGACUCUUCUCUCCAGAGAGAGGGAGAAGUGAAGCUGAACAGGGAAACCACGCACUUUCCUCCCUCUGUCCCCUCUCUGGUGUCCCCACUGCCCCGUGGGGGUGACCUGGCACCUCCCCAUCCCCAUCCCAGGCUGGCAGGGAAGAGAGAGCUCCUUUUUAUUUUGGUGGUUUGGAUUUGGGGGGUUGUUUUAUUCCUGUUAACAGUUUUAAAGGGCAAACUGGCGCGUGUGUGUGUGUGGGUGUGUGGGUGUGUGUGUGCUGUCCGUUCUGGUCACGUCCCACCCCCUGCUUGUUUCCAUGACUGGAUUUCUGGAUUUUAGACGGUUCCCAGCACUAAUAAAAGUUUUCCUCCGCA